UGAAAAAGACUUCUUUUGAGUUAACUUUCUUAUAUUGGGAACUUUCUAAUCUCAUUAGAAUAUGUAACAUUGGUGUUCGAUCUCAAGUAUUUCUGAAUAUAUUCCUCUAUCCACAGAAAUAUACUCUAGGGGAGAAAAAUAGAACAAGUUCUUGCCCUCCUGACCAUUGAACAAGAGACCAAUUAGACAAUGGGGCUAGAAAAACCUCAAAGUAAACUGGAAGGAGGCGUGCAUUCCCAGUGGAUCCCUUGGGUUAUUGCUACAGUUUUCAUCUCACUUCUCAGUGUCUGUUUUAUUGCAAGUUGCUUGGUGACUCAGCACAACUUUUCCUGCUGUAAGAGAGGCACAGGAGUGCACAAGUUAGAGCACCAUGAAAAACUCAAAUGCAUCAAAGAGAACUCAGAACUGAAAAGUGCUGAAGGGAGCACCUGGAACUGUUGUCCUGUUGGCUGGAGAACCUGGCAGUCCAACUGCUAUUUUCCUCUUACUGACAACAAGACAUGGGCUGAGAGUGAAAGGAACUGUUCAGGGAUGGGGGCCCAUCUGACGACCAUCAGCACGGAAGCUGAGCAGAACUUUAUUAUUCAAUUUCUGGAUAGACGCUUUUCCUAUUUCCUUGGACUGAGAGAUGAGAACGCCAAAGGUCAGUGGCGCUGGGUGGACCAGACGCCAUUUAACCCACGCACAGUAUUCUGGCAUGACAACGAACCCAACAACUAUCAGGGAGAAAACUGUGCUGUUCUUGUUUAUAACCAAGAUAAAUGGGCAUGGAAUGAUGUUCCCUGUAACUUUGAAGCGAGCAGGAUUUGUAAAAUACCUGGAACAACAUUGAACUAGAAACCCACAAAGUGGUUCUUGUGAUGGAGAGAGAAAAGAAGAACCAAUUAGAAUAGGGUAGAAGGUACACGCGUCAUUGGAACACAGAAAACAUGCUGGGUCACAGAGCGUUUUUUGU